AUGGGCCCGCGCCGCCGGAGCCGCAAGACCCCAGUCCCGAAGAGGCGCGCGGCGAGCCCGCCCCCCAGCACCCCGCGGCGGGGCGCCCCCCGAGGUCCCCGGAGAUCUUUGAUUCUAAGGGAGAUCCGAAAGCUUCAGAAGAGCACCAACCUGCUGUUAAGGAAGAGCCCCUUCAGCCGCCUGGUAAGAGAAAUAUGUGUUAAAUUCACUCGCGGUGUGGACUUCAGUUGGCAAGCCCAGGCCCUGUUGGCCCUACAAGAGGCAGCAGAAGCAUUCCUGGUUCACCUCUUUGAGGAUGCCUAUCUCCUCUCCUUGCACGCGGGCCGCGUCACCCUCUUCCCGAAGGAUGUGCACCUGGCCAGGAGGAUCCGAGGCAUUCAGGAGGGGCUGGGCUGAGCUCCUGCCACCGCCUCUAAGGAGAGGACUGCGGUGCUUUGCCUCUGUAAUGGAGGUACCAGCCGAGACAAUCAGCACAAUUCCAAAGGCUCCAAGUGAUUAUUUCCAGACUCCAGAGUCCAAGCGACUCCAAGGUUGACUUCAGUUUGUAAAUGAUUCAUGUGACUAUUGGAUGGUUUUGAAGACCUCAGUUUGCUGGGUUACGGGAGAAAAGGAUAUUUACUUAUUACCUUAGAUCUUUCUGUAAGAAUUUAAUUUUUUUUACCAUAUGUAUAUUUACUUUUACUUAAAACAUAAGGAGAAAACUAAAAGAAGACCACUUCAGUCAUUUCCAAGAAGAGCUUGGCACAUCUCACACGCGAGUGUCUGCCCUUCAGAUUAAUCUCAUCAUUAGUAGCAGCGGCAAGUUCCCUUGGAUUGUGCCUGUCAACUAUAUAUAGCUUUUCCAAUACUAAAUUGGGAUUAAAAUAGAAAAUCUUU